UGCCGGUAAAAAUCGAUAAUUCUGGCCAAUGGUGAUGAUCACCCCAUUAUAUAGUAUUAUGUAAUUUCAAUAAUAUAAUACUAGCAGUCACCCGUUGCUUCGCACCGGGACCAAUGAGGUUGUUUAAAUAAAAAAAUUAGUAUUAUAAUGUAAUACUAAGUAAAUUAAAGAUGGUUACAGUAGUUUUUUGUUUUUGUUUAUUUAUUACAUGUAAUUUCUGUUCCAUACUAACUUUAUUUCUUCUUUUAGUUUUAUGGGUUUUGUUUUUAUUUGGUCCCCUGUUUAUCUCAUUUCGUCCCUUCUCUAUUUUUUUGUUUUCUUUUUGUCUUUUCAUCUCUUUUGCUCUUUUUAUUCUUCCCUUCCUUCAUUUUUUCCAUUGUUUUUUAUUUCCUCUUCGUUCCUUCGCCUUUUUCAUUCCUUUACAAUACCCUUUGUCUCUUUCAUUUUUAUUCCAUUCCCACUUCAUCUUUUUCGUUCCUUUACACUAUCCGUUGUCAUUUUCAUUUUUUUUUCCAUUCCCACUUCUCUUUACACUACCCUUUGUUCCUUUUAUUUUUUUAUUCCCUUUGCUCCAUUUCGUCCCCCUCCAUUCUUUUCAUUUUUUUCAUUCCCACUUGAUCUUUUUUGUUCCUUUUGUUUCUUUUACUCCCCUUUGCUCCAUUUCAUUUCUCCCCCCUUUGUUUCUUUCAUUCCAUUUUACUCUCCUUAUUUUUUCAUUCACCCUCAUUUUUUUGAUUAAUUUUUUAUUAUUUAUAAACUUUAUAAUUAUUUCUUAUUAUAUUAUAUUACAUGAAUCUUAAACUUAUAACCAACUUAAAAAGAAUAUUUGAAUAAUUAAAUGUAUUUAUAGAAUCUAUU